AUGGCUGAGAACGCACCGAUGGAGGUGGACACACCAAACACAAAGCAGCCUCGCUUCCAGGUCAAAAAGUGGAACGCCGUCUGUCUCUGGUCCUGGGACAUUGUCGUCGACAACUGCGCCAUUUGCCGAAACCACAUCAUGGACCUCUGCAUCGAGUGCCAGGCCAACCAGGGAUCUGCCACCACAGAAGAAUGCACCGUCGCAUGGGGCCAAUGCAAUCACGCCUUCCACUUCCACUGCAUCUCGCGAUGGCUCAAGACCCGUCAAGUCUGCCCUCUCGAUAACAGGGAAUGGGAGCUCCAAAAGUAUGUCCGCUCGCUGCUGUUGCGACGCUUCGUGCUUCUCAGCUUCUCAGCGACGAGUGUACGGUCGUUGAAGUGA